ACUGUGGUUCGAUCUCCUUCCAUCUCCUUCUCUCUUACUUCGUUGACAUCACAGCAUACAAGUAUGACACAUACAUAUGACACACAUCUUGAAGUUGGCGUAUCUCUUACUUGAGGAUCUCUAUAUAAAACCUGCGUAUCGACAGUAUAACGAUACCGAAUUGUCGUUACAAGUUACAGAAUAGGCCCACUGAGGUAAAAACAAGGGCGAUAUUUUUAAUUCAUCGAUUGAUCAAUCGCAUGAUGGGCAGAUGCAACAUCAAUGGAUGAUUUAAAAAAUUCACCCUGAGUCUCACGAAAUUCUAAUCAUAUCUCAAGAUUCUCAAGAAGAUGCAUAGUUUGCCGGAAUGUUCUUAGCAAUAGGAGUUUGAGAUACUCGGUGAUAUGGCGAUGUUUAAUUCGUUUCGCUUGACACGGAGCAAAUUUGCAGCUAUCGGUUUUAGAUGUUUAUGGACUUCUAGGGCUUUGUUGACUGAUCAAUUUGAAAGUGAUAAUAGAAAAGCGGAACCACAACAAUCUCAUGAAGAGAAUGAUGAGGAAUAUGAAAAAUAUAUUAAAAUAAAAAUACUUGGUGCUUCUUUAAAAUUUGUUCCUGACAUGGGAUGGAGCAAACAGACUAUUAGUGCUGGUGCUGAAUCAAUUGGAUAUCCGGGUGUGAUACAUGGACUGUUUCCAAACGGUAGCGCAGCUUUAGUGGGAUAUUUUUACUCUAUGUGUAAUCGGGAAUUAAAUGAAAUACUAGAAAGAGAAGCAUUAACCAUCAAAGCGGAUUUCUCAAGUCCGCAGAAGGCGCCAGAACAGCAAGUUCGUGACGCCAUAGAAACACGAUUGAGAAUGGUGAUUCCCUAUAAAAAAACUUGGCCACAAGCAAUGGCUAUUAUGUCUCUUUCACCGAACGUACCAACUGCUUUAGCAAAUUUAUUAACUUUAGUCGAUGAUAUUUGCUAUUACACCGGAGAUAGAUCGGUUGAUAUUAACUGGUAUACCAGGAGAAUGAUUCUAGCGAGUAUUUAUAAAGCCACUGAAUUGUACAUGUUGCAAGAUACAAGUGAAGACCACAAAGAAACAUGGUUGUUCCUAGAGAGACGACUACAGGAUAUUUUGCAAAUACAAACCAUGCUUUCUAGCUCAAUCAAGCCAGAUGAAGUUUUAAAUCGUAUUAGAGAGACAGCUUUUGCUGUUUUUAUAACGGCCCGUAAUAUACUUGGAUUGCGUUAAUGGAAGAAGAAAUAAAUUAAUAAGAGA